AUGAGUUUAGUACCCUACGAGGAAGGUUCGUUGAUUUUGGAUGAUCCUAGUUCUAAAUCAAUAGUGGUUGUCAAUCCAACCUCAGGAACCUUAUCAUUCUUUCAGCAAGACAACGGUAAUGAUAAUGAUAAUUCAGAGAUCAAUGAUGACAUGACUGCAUCUUCAUCAGCACUGGACUUUUCCUCAGGAGUUCAUCAGUUUAAGGGUCCUAUCGCUUCUUAUAUAUGUCCCCAGUGUGGGACGGAAAUCAACCCCGACAUUAUGAACAGGAGGCAACUUCAUCGUCGAGCCUCUAGUGGUAUGGAAUCAGAAACCAGUAGGCUCGGUAUUCCAGAGAAUACAAUACCACUCGGAUUUGAAUUUGCCAAUUCAAGUUUUUCAAGAAGAUAUUUCCAGUUGUUAGAAAGAAAUCAUCGGCACUACGCCCUACAGAACGAUACUGACAAUAAGGAGAAACGAUUUGGUAAGAAUAAAUACUUCAUUCCGGACGACCUAUUUAUACCUGGAUACUUCCGUAAAUUUUUCAAAAUAUUAUCGUUAUUGGGAUAUGGUGCAAGAGGUUCCGUAUACAAAGUUGUACACACAAUCGGUAAUACUGAAUUAGGAGUCUUUGCACUAAAAAAAAUACCCAUUGGAAACGACAUGGAAUGGUUCAAUAAAUGCAUACGAGAAGUAAAAGCAUUGAGUUCGUUAACACACAAAAAUGCUAAUUUAAUUACAUAUAAUCAUGUGUGGCUUGAGAUGGAUUCUUCGGUUGGAUUUGUCAGAUCCAUCGACGGAAGUCAAUCAGAUUCACGAGAAGAAAUUCCCUGUAUUUUCAUCCUACAGCAGUAUUGCAGUGGUGGUAAUUUAGAGGACUGUAUUUUAAGAAAUGUUUUCAACAAAUUCUCAGAUACCGAACCAUCUGAAGAAAGGAAGAAAAAAUUCAGAACCCGUAAGAAGAAUCACGGUAAAUCAGAAGAAAUUGGUUUAUCUACUGAUCAGCUCGUGUCAAUUAUAAGAGACAUUGCAAGGGGUUUACACGAACUGCACAGCAUUGGCCUGAUACAUAGGGAUUUGAAACCCUCCAAUUGUUUACUGUUAACUCCAUUCAAAAAUGACGGUGACGAUAAUGAAACGUACGAAAGAAGUUCUAGCCCAAAUGAGUUUUUCCCACCUAUUGUGAUUGGCGAUUUAGGGGAAAGUCAGUUAGAGGGAGAGUCUAGGUUAGGCACUGGUUGUACUGGAACAUUAGAAUUCACGGCACCCGAACUGAUUAUCCAGGGAAGACCAAUUUCCUCCUCUACCUUACCUUCACGCUCGAGUCACACGUACAAUGAAUAUACAUUUGCUUCGGAUAUGUAUUCCUUGGGAAUGAUUUGCUAUUUUAUUGUCUUCGGUGAGUUGCCCUUUGAACCCCAGUUGGAUAUAAUUGAUUUGAAGGUACGCAUCAAGAACUUCAAAUUUGAUACUGAAAGUAUGGUCGCAAAGCACCAAGCAAUGAAAUUAAAAUCAGUAGAUCGUAGAAUUUUCCGACUAAUGGAUGCUCUUUUACAACCAAGCAGCAACGCUAGGCCCACUGCAAAGACAGUAGAGGAAAUACUGGAUGAGAUGUUAAUAAGCUCGAAACCAGGUAAAAGUUUUUGGAAGGAUAAUAUCGACAGCACGUUAAAUUUCAGCACAAUCUCAGAACUAAAUGAAAAUACUAACAGCUUCUCUGAGGAUUGUAUCGAAGGGGAUAACGUGACUCUAUCGUUACCAGCGCCAGAAGGACAUCUAAGCGCCCUAUCAUCCCCGAAAGUUGACAGAUAUUCUGCUAUAAACGGGACAAUCCAGCUCUGCUACAAGGUGGUUUCCAUAAUACUGACGAUAAUAGUUUUCAGGUUUACAAGAAAAGGGUCCUGGCUAUCCUAUAUGUCAUUGAUCAUAUUAGGAAUGGUCUUUAAGUCGCCCCAUGACGAAAGAGGCAAACAUGCAAGGGCAUUGGCUUUACUCGCAAUUAUCGCCGCCUGCAGAAAAUACAUAUCCUAA